AUGAAUUCGACGGGGUUCCAUCGUAUCAUGAUGAACAAACAAAACUUGCCGAGGGACGACACAUCAGCAUGUCAUCGUCAUCAGCGCAGGAACGGACGACGGUGGGAACUAAAGAAAGCUUGCUGUGGAUCGAUCCGAGGUCGUCGUGGACUUACAUGGCGCUAUACCUCUAUGCCCGUGGAGCAUAUCGUCAUCAUCAGCGUCAUCACCACCAAUAGGGCUGUCAGGUCUCACAACGCGGGACUGAGCACUACUCGUGUGUACGAGGUGGUAUCGAUGAUAGUGGCUGCAGGCCUCGAGGCUGAGGCUGAGCUUCUCGCGCCUUUGUGUUACUUUCAGGCGGUGCGCAUGCAAUACGCUCGGAUCAUCGACCGCGGUCGUCCGACCCUUUAG